ACAAAUACACUGAAACGUAUUGAAAAGAACGAAUGAGCGAAACAUUCUAAAGAAAUGGAAGGAACGUAUUGUUCCAAAGCAGAAAUCACGUUGAGAAAUAUUCUGUUCCAUGAACAGUGUUCACACAAUAUGAACAAAUUUCGUAUUUUGUAUUUAUCGAGAGAAAGAAAUUGGUUUUUGUUGACAGAGAAUAAUAUAUUUUCAUUCGAUGUAAUUCUCAAUGCUAUGUGUAUGUGUGUUUGCAACGAAAAAAAAGUCCCGCCAAAAGUACAACAAAACACUGACCCAAACCAAUGAAAUACCGAGAAUUUUACGCGCGUUCAACUUGCAUUGAAAUGCCGAACGAGAAAAUGUGAGAAUCGAAAUGACGAAUGGGAGAGAGUGCAAGAAAAACGAUAUGUAUGACAGUCCGUUCGUUGCCGCUAGCUUCGCGAAGCAAGCGUAUACGUACGUAUGGUGUGAUUUUGGGUUCGUUGAUGCUGCGACAUUCCAUUCAUAUCAGUCGUAUUUGUGCAAUUCAUUUGAGUAGUACUUCCUCACCAAGUAUAAUCGUGUGGUUUUUUCCAUAGCAAUCAUUUGUGCUAAAUUCACUGCGAAACACGCAUUGCAUCAAUUUCCACAUAGUGUUAAUCGCAUUGAAUAUUAAAAAUCAAUAGAAACGCAACGGAAUUGUAGCGAAAUCAAUUGGAUUUGUUGGUUUCGAAAAGAAAUUAGUGAUACAAAAGGCAGAAAGAAAAACGUGCCAUCGCACUUUCAGUUGAUGUGCAGCCGUUUCAUGAGUACAAUCCGACAUCAAUUGCCACACACGAUGAAAUAUAUUUUGGUGACGGGAGGUGUAAUCAGUGGCGUGGGCAAAGGUGUUAUUGCCAGUUCAUUUGGAACAUUGCUGAAUUGUUGUGGCAUCGAUGUGACUUCCAUAAAAAUUGAUCCAUAUAUCAAUAUCGACGCCGGAACGUUUUCACCAUACGAACACGGUGAAGUUUAUGUACUUGACGAUGGUGGUGAAGUUGAUUUGGAUUUGGGCAACUAUGAACGAUUUUUGGAUAUUUCAUUGUGCAAGGACAACAAUAUUACCACCGGAAAAAUCUAUAAACAGGUCAUUGAGAAGGAGCGACGUGGUGAUUAUCUAGGGAAAACUGUUCAAGUUGUCCCGCACAUCACAGAUUCCAUCCAGGAAUGGGUUGAACGAGUCGCACAACGACCAGUCAAAGAUGAUAAGAAGCCACAAGUUUGCGUUAUAGAACUUGGUGGAACCAUUGGUGAUAUUGAAGGCAUGCCUUUCGUUGAAGCAUUUAGACAAUUCCAAUUCCGUGUGAAACGUGAAAAUUUCUGUGUUGCACACGUUUCGUUGGUGCCAAUGCCGCGUUCAACCGGUGAACCAAAGACAAAACCAACACAAUCGAGUGUUCGUGAAUUGCGUGGCUUGGGUUUGAGCCCCGAUUUGAUUGUGUGCCGCUCCGAACGUCCAAUCGGACAAGAAGUUAAGGAUAAAAUCAGUAAUUUCUGCCAUGUUGGACCCGAGCAAGUGAUUUGCAUUCCCGAUUUGUCUUCCAUUUAUCAUGUACCAUUGGAAAUGGAAGCGAAUGGUGUGCUCAGCUUCCUGAAAGAUCGAUUACAGCUGAACAUUCCCGAUCCAUUUACAAAGCAAACAAUGCAACGUUGGCGAGAAUUGGCAAAUCGUGUUGAUAACACACGUGGUGAAGUGAAAAUCUCAUUAGUUGGCAAAUACACGAAAUUGGAGGAUUCGUAUGCAUCAGUAUCGAAAUCUCUUCAGCAUGCAGCAAUUGCGGCUGGGUUUAAGUUGAAUUUGAAAUUCAUUGAAGCAUGCCACUUGGAACGAAACAUCAAGAAGGACAAUCAAUUGUUGUACUAUCAGGCAUGGCAGGAGCUGUGCAACAGUGACGGUGUCAUUGUUCCAGGCGGUUUUGGUUCGCGCGGUAUGGAAGGAAAGAUCCGUGCCUGUCAGUGGUGCCGUGAAAACAAGAAGCCAUUCUUGGGUAUUUGCUUGGGCAUGCAAGCGGCUGUCAUUGAAUUCGCCAGAAAUAUCGUCGGUUGUGAGGGAGCAAACACAACGGAAAUUGAAAAAGACGUAAAACAUCCAUUGGUUAUCGACAUGCCGGAACAUCAUACUGGCACAAUGGGUGGCACAAUGCGAUUGGGUAAACGCACAACAAUCUUCAAGGAAAAUUGCACAAGUACAAUCAAAAAAUUGUAUGGAUCGCCAAAAUCAGUGGAUGAACGACAUCGGCAUCGUUACGAAAUUAAUCCAGAGUAUGUGCAACGGCUCGAAGAGGCUGGCAUGAAAUUUGUCGGCACUGACGAAGAGAACAAACGAAUGGAAAUCGUUGAAUUAGAUAAUCAUCCAUAUUAUGUAGGAGUUCAAUAUCAUCCAGAGUACUUAUCACGCCCCCUCAAACCAUCACCACCAUUCAUGGGAUUGAUUUUAGCUUCAGUUGGCAAAUUGAAAGGAUACUUAAACAAAGGUUGUCGUCUAUCGCCUCGGGAAAUGAGCGAUAACAGUUCAGAUGAUGAUGAUAUUCCAGUGCAAACGACCAACCUCACAAACGGCAUCAACAACAUCCACUUGAACGGGACCGCUACCAGUUCAAGUAACGAUGAGUAUGAAAAAUGAUAUGAACAGUCCAAAUGGAACCAAGGAAUAGGCUUCCAUACAAUGUUUUUUUAGAAAGAAACAAAAUUGUUAUGAUAAGAAACAAAAAAUCACUGACGACAGACUCGAAAUUGCAGAACACUAAUAAGUGCAUCAGAAAUGAAUCAAAUUAAUUUGUUUGUAUCCAGAAGAAAAUGAUAUUUUCAUAUAUUUGAUAAAUUGUAUUAUAAAAAAAGAAGAAACAAAUCGAAAAGCCAUUAUAUUUUGGAAUUACAUGAAUAAAUUAUCUUUGCAUUCGAUUAA